GAGCUAAUUUAUCAUCCAUCCUUUCUCUGCACAAUGGUUGAUGAUUUUAACAUGUAUUAUUUGUUUUAAAGCUUAUUUGGCAGCAUGAGGGCCGCUUCUUUCAGAGUUUCCGAUCGUCGCUCCACGCUCCCGUCCAGCACGAGCAACAAGGUAAUGACUGCUGCCGUCUCUAUACCCAAAGUCGUCGAUAAAUGGGAGUUCAGGCAACUAUUGAGUGACCCUGCAGAGUUUCAGCAGAAUGGUCAUGAUGGGACUGGCAAUGACAGCAGGAGCAAAGGGAGUAGUAUACCUAUUUUUUAUCAAAAGAUGCAAUACAUGAUUCAGGAGAUGCUGCACUCAGAGACAGGGGUCCCCAUUCGUUCCCACAGAAACAAGCUCUUAUCGGCUGUCCCAAGUGUCUUUACAGGUUCUGACAUGAUUCAUUGGACUAUGAAGAGAUUCACCUGCUCAAAAAAUGAAGCACUUCAUUUAACCAACAUGCUCUAUAAUCACGGCUAUUUUUAUUCAGUCGAGAGACUUGAGCCAGUUGUUAGAGAUGACGGAGAACUCUACAGAUUUCAGACACCUCAUCUGUGGCCUUCUCAAAACUUUGAUGAUUCAGAUUUUGAAUAUGCUGUUUAUUUGGUAAAACAGAUCAAAAGGAGCAAGACCAGAUUACGACUUGCCGACCAUGAACUAGAAAACCUUCGUGACAUUAGAAAGAAGCUGAUACUUCAGUGGGACUAUGUGAAUGAUAGAGCAAGCGAUGAAGCGAGAAUAUUAAAAGAACAAAAGAAAAUUGCCAGAAGUCUAAUGGAGAACCAAGAGAGAGCUUUCUGGAGAUUAAGACGACCGCCACCUGGAGGAAAGGGAGUAACUGACUGUCUUCUCUCGAGAUUUUGUAUGACACAAACAGGAACCAAUAACCAAGUGCCUCUGACAGAGGAUGCCCUAAGAGAGGAGAUCAGUGUAUUGAAAGAGAUGAAAGAGCUAAAGAGGAUGAAGCUAUCAACAUCACUUGAAGGACUAGUCAGUCAUUGUAAGAAGUAUGCAGAGUUUGAUCCAAUGCUACACUCGCCCGAAUCAUCUAACCCUUGGGUCACUGGAGAGGAUGCAAUGUGGAUCAUCGGGAGAUCACUAGUUGAAUUCCCAACAGUGAGACAGCUGAGGCUGUGGGCAUGUUCCCUGCACGACAUGCUAACUGAUGUCACCGGACGCUACAAAUUCGAGCAGUUCUGUAAGAAACAGUAUUGCUCUGAGAACAUAAAGUUCUGGCAAGCCUGCACUGACCUAAAGCUAUUACCACUGUUUGCCAUACCUGGCUCUGUGAGGCUAGUAUAUGAUGAGUUUAUUGAUCCAAGUGCUUCACAUAUGGUUAAUCUCAGUGCUACUGCUUUCGAGGAAGCUAGCAAAGAUGUGGAAAACCCCUCAAGAUAUGCCUUCUCUGCUGCACAGGAACAAGUGUAUAGCUUAAUGAAGAAUGACAUUUAUCCACGUUUCCUGAAAACAGACUAUGAUGUCCUAUUAAAGACUGCACACUCUGGAGGCAGCUUUGGAAAAGGUUUUUUCAAGAGGUUAAUUCCUCGGACUACAAGUCGUUUAGAGAAAGCUACACCAAUCACAAUAGUAUCACCAUGUCACCCAGAAAGAUUCACUAGAAGACAACUAAGCAUUAGUAAGAGCAAUAGCGGUAGAAGCUCAAUGGGAGAUCUAUUUGUUAACAUUGGCGCCACUAACUGGGGCAGAGACACAUCAGCAUCAGCAAAUGAGCUUGAAUUUAUGAACGCACUCACUUCGCCAUCAUCUGACCUCACCCUUGGGCCGAAUAACCCAGAUGAGAAACAGCGCCGAGUCUCUGCUCCUUCUGCCCCGUUCACAGAGACAGCACCGGUAGAGAAAAAGAAAGAAGAGCCAGAGAAAGAGAAAGUGUUGUGGGCCCUCAAAGAGGAGGACGACGAUGAAGAGACAGAGUUAGAGAAAGAGAGAGCAAGAUGCAAGCUGCUCAAAGGAGCCAUUAGGACCUCCCUCAUACAAUCUCAUAGCAUGGAUGACCUCACACAGAUCGAGGAUGAUAAUACUUCUCUCCACGUCCCGGGGCAUGACUUCCAAACUCAACUAAUGUCACUCAAAGUGUCCUCAGACAUGUUUGACCAGGAUAUUGCAUCCCUUGAUCGCAAGAAAUCUAUCAGUAUAGAAGACCUCCAUCAGUUCCACACGAAAUUCAAGCCGCUAGAAGAAGAAGAGAGCUUCUCCCCUGGUCAUUAUGCUGCUAAGGACCGGAGGGUCUCAAAGGCUAAAGUUGCUGCCCAAACAAUGGUGACCAUUACGGUCCCUUCUCCUGAUUAUAAUUUCUACUCGAGCUCUGACAGCAUUCACUCGGCGAUAAGUAACUAACUGUGGGUUUGUUUGUAUUUUUGUACUGUUUGUAUUCAUUCUCUAUCUCUCUUUACUGCGUGAAAGUGAGGGAAUUAAAUAAUUAUUGAUAUUUUUU